GGGCCAUCAAUAAUUGGAGGGCAGAAUUCAGCACUUCCGAGAACAUUAUUAGGAGUAUUUUGCAGGAACCUUGUUUUAAUUAAGUUAGUUAUACGAAUAUCUUCUGUAUCUGUUAAUGUUCUGUUCAGACACUUUAGAGAAUUCAUCAUAAUAGAUUAUUGGCCAUCAAUCUGCCAUGACUCUCCUCCUUUAUCUGGAUUUAAACUCGGUUGGUUUUUAACAUAGGCAUAUUUAUGUUACAUUGACUUGAAUAUGUGUGUCCAGCAUGCCAUUUUCCAGAACUUUGCACGUGGUGUGCAAAGUAAUGAAGAGUCCAAGUGAAAAAAGAUGCAUAAUCUCAUGUACAAGCCAGCCUUUUCUUUAGAAUAUUAUAGAAUACCUUUUACAUCUGUGUGAAGCCAAAGUGAUUCCUUUCCCCUAUCAGGAUGCUACUGAAGAUUAAUCCAAGAUAUUCUUUUCAUUUCUUUGGAUUUAAGACACAUUUUCUUUUAAAGAAAAGAAGAAAAUGCUACAACCUGUCAAUGUUGUCUGGACAAAGAAUGGAACCAUUAUGGCUUUAUAUACAUAUGCAUAUUCAGUAUUGAAAUCACAAAAGGGAUUUAAUUUAUUCAAUAAAAUUUCCCUUCUUUGCUUCUGCCAAAGCUAAACUUGUCAGGCCAUGGCUUCAGGGGCAGGAAAAUCAGCAGCUUUUAUGCUUUUGAUCCUUAAUGUUUUCCUUUACUUCAUUGUUACUGUAAUUUCUGGUUGGGCUGUCAAUCAUGCCAUAGUUAGAUCCCGAGAAACAGCAUCAACUCUCGCAAUCCCAGCUAGGAUCUUUCCUAUAUUCUUUCCAUUUGGGAACAUGGCAACUGGUUCUCUCAUCAUAUUCUCACUUAUUGCUGGAGUGGUGGGCUUCGUUACCUCACUUACUGGAAUUCAAAAUGUGAUACAAUGGGAUGCACCCAAUUUACAUACAGCUGCUUUCACUUCUCUCACCAGUUGGCUACUCACAUUACUUGCUAUGGGGUUGGCUUGUAAGGAGAUUGAUAUGGGGUGGACCGACUCAAAUUUGAGGACCUUGGAGACCAUAUUGAUAAUAUUGGGCGGGACACAAAUGUUUUGCACUGCUGCAAUUCAUGCUGGAAUUGGAGAUGUUAAUACCCGUGGUGUUUAAGCAGAGGAAGAAUUUGAGAAUUUUCAUAAUUUAAUAAUGUACCAAAAAUGUUUAUUUUUUCCCCUCUCAUUUUACUCACUUUUAAGUUUUAACGUGUGUAUGUAAUACGUAUUGAUUUUUUUUGUCCUUUUCUUAAUGGACUUUAUAAAGAUUGUUAUGUGGAGUUCUUAGUCUCGAGCAGAAUGAAGAAAGAGUUGUCUA